AUGGUUCGUAAAAAGAAUAAGAGACAUAAUCAAUCCACACCAUCGGCAACUUCAGCAUCAGCUGAGGAGACCCAAUCCGAAAGUCUUAUAGUGACGGCUACGGAACUACAAGAACUUGUACGUCAAGGUCUCAUAGUUGAUGAAGUUCAUGAAGUACUAGAAUAUGAUCGAAAAAAUAUGCCUUGGAUUGAUAACUUUGUUCAUGCAUCGAUGGAGCUUGAAAACCAAUGCAACGAUCCACGAGAAAAAGCAUUUCAUGCCUUAAUGAGGGAGCUCUUUGGUAUGAAAGCAUUUCGUGAAACAUCCAUUCAAGCUGGUCUCAUUUCUAAGGCGCAAGAUUUUGGAAAUAAAAUAGAUAAUCGCAUAAGUGAUUUUAUCAUUCAAAUGGGGGAAGGCAAAAAAGGAUGGUUAAGCCGUAGAUCAGUUGCGAUAUUGCGUCAGAUGUCAACUACGAAAAGAGUAAUAGAUUUGCUUAAUAUUGCCAAAAAUAAAGGUCCUGAAACUCGUGGACAAAUAAUCAUUUUCUAA